AUGCAGCAAUAUAUCUGGCGAAGUAAAAUUUGGUUCCCAAAACCGGCCCAAUUGGAAGCAGUUGCUAGUGUGUUUACAUUACGGCGAUUAGCCGGCGCGGCGAGCUCGCGGCCGCCAACGGACGAGCGGCAGGCGGCCGCCGGAUCCACGCUCGCCGCCUUCACAAUUAUUUCAUCGACGCGUUGUCAGCGGUCGCUGCCGUUACUGCUUAUUUCUUCCACGGACUUUGUGCUAGCCGACAACCGAUGCUCAGCGCCGAUGUUUGCUGGGAUGAGAGGCGUGCAUGGCCAGAUGCUGUCUGGUGGCUCCUCCAUCAGCAGUCUGGGAGGCUUUGGGCUGUCUUCGCCCCUUCCUGCUCUACCACCUGAACGUAAGGUGUACUCUUCACCGCCACCAACCCCGCUGCCGACCCUACCGUCGCCAGCGUCCGUACCGACGCCGGGCCCACCACCGACAUCAUCCAGCUCAGUCCACACGUACUACCAGUAACAUCAAUAUAUAAGUAUAUCAUCUAUUUGUACAUAUAUACUUUCUAAAUGUGGUGUCUUGGAUUUAGUCCUGUUAACUGGCAUUUGUUUUUUGUACCCGAGAAACAACUCGCGAACUUUGCAGUCAUAUAGUACCUAGCUGUCCACAUCAAGGUUAUAAUGACAGCCUUCAACAAUGUACGAGUCAACAAUACUUCUCCCAUAAGCCGUCUGCUCGGUACAGCACCGUGAGGGCCUCGAAAACGUAAACAGUAGAUAAUCAGGUAGCUAUUCUCCUGACAGUGCCUCGUCUAUCCAUCAGUUAGACUCACUACAAUCAAUGUAGCUAUGGUCUGUUUGCUCAGAUACGUACGAUGCCGAUGCCAAGUUAGCAUUGGCGUUAAAGUCUACAGAAACGUCACAUUCGCCAGUGUCACUUUCUGCAAAAAUUGAAUUGGACACAAGUCAUGCUCUCUACAAAGUAUUGGCGAGUUCUGCAGCGCGCCGCUGACGGCUCUGCCGGCCGUGCGCCAUUCCUUUCCUACAAAAACACAAAUAUGCUCUCUCAAUACUCCGUGCUCUGCAUGGAAAGAAACGUGUUAAUUAUAAGUUCCAUGGGCAGUUAUGUUAGUUUCAAAUACAUCUUGAUUCUUCUCGAUUGUUGCCAUCCCUCUGAUUUUGUCAAGUCGCACCGGUACGGCUUCACAAAAUCGAACUUAUCAUAACAUUAUAUUGUAUAAAAUGCUUUCAACGUAAUAUAAAUGCAUAAAAUAGAACCUUUAUUCAUUUUCAGUUAAAAUGCUUUUCAAUUUGAAAUUAGGACAGCGUAGUAAUUAUACAUUUUCCAUAUAAUUCAGUCCAGUUGACGACGUCCGUGGCUGGUGAACGAGUUUGUGCUCUCUUGAAAAACAUCUAUAUACAUCCAGUAAUAUUUAUGUAAUGUUAACUAUGUAACUAAAUUAUUAUACCUGUCCGUCGUUAAGGAAGCCUUGUCUUAAGGUCGAUUUGCAGAAAAAAAACAAAGCGAAUUGAUUUCGUUUAAAAAAACAAAUUGCUUUGAACACUUCCACCCGUAUUAAAUUUACUUUUGCAAGUGUUGCUUUCUGCUGCUACCGAGACCUACGAUUUGAUUUACAUAGAAAUGUAAUUAGUGUAACUGCUCCUUGUGUGCACAACUGC